AUGCUUUUUUCAUUCCUAAUAUCCUUCACUCAACUAACCAUCUUUUUUCAAAUCUUACCCUGCCGACUUUACUACAACGAUCAAUCUAUUGGCUUCUACCUCACGGAUCUUCCAAUCUGUUGGGAUUAUUCAUUGUACCUGGACAUGGGAAAACUUAUGACGAUUUGUACUUUUAAUUUGGUAACUAUCUGGAAAGUGAGAAGAAUACAAAGUGCGAGAGGGAAGACAGCGUUUCAAAAGAAGGAGAUUGACUUUUUGAAACAGUCAUUCGGUCAAGCCCUGUAUCUAUCCCUCUGUAUCCCCGCUUACUACAUCACCCCUUUAUUCGCAUCCAGUGAAAUAGUGUUAUUCAUGGUUGGAAUAUUCUUCGGGGCGACUAUCCAUAUGUUUGAUGGAUUGCUCACUCUAUAUUUUAAUGUGGAAAUCAGGAAAUCUUUGACUAAAAAGUACAAAUCAUCUGCAAAUAACUCGAGUGUACAAAUUGUAGUUGUGUCGAAAAAUACGCUGUAG